AUGGCUCUCGGAAUGAUCACCAUUAUCCACGCCGUCCUUGCCGUUCUCGUCAUCAUUGAGCUAGGCAUUACAGGAUACCUUGUUAAUAAGACAGACAACUGGUUCUCUGAUUCGCCGGCCACAUAUGCAUUCCUGCUGUUCUCCUCAAUCUGGAGCUUGUUCGUUCUCAUCUAUUUGGCCAUUACACCCAUCUACCUUGCUCGCCUCUACCACGCCCUUGUCGCCUUUGGCCUGCUGGUCCUUACGACGAUUUUCUGGUUUGCAGGCGCCAUUGCGUUUGCUUGUUUCGUUGGCGCGCCAGCAUGUCACGGAAACGGCUGGUGCCAGACCAAUGAAGCUGGUGUUGCCUUUGCAUUCUUCUUGUGGGCUGGUUUCCUGGCGCUCACCGUUCUUGAGGGCUUGACUACCUUGAGGGGUCAUGCGCGGGCUGACAAGACCACCCCCUCCACCGUUUAA